CUUCCUGACCCAACUGCUCUCAGGCUUUAAUUUCACAUCCAAAAUCUUUCUCCACUUUCCAAAAAUAAGCCACUGCCGCCAUGCUGAAGGGAGAAAAACAAGAAGGGUGGUAUUUUUAGGGCCAUUAAUUCUGACCACGUGCCCAGGAGGUGAACCGGAUGGCCACUGCACAAAGACUUCUCAUCACUAUGUCCUGCAAAGCCAGUGUUCACUUGACGUUGCCUGCUUUUGUUCUCGUGGGGUUUCUGGCUGAGAUUGUGUUAUCGUAUCCAGUGGCGAACAAAACAAAUGGUACCCUACUGGAGAGACGAUGGGAGUCUCUCUUAUCCAGGUCCCUUGCUGGAAUGUCAGGGGAGAAAUCUGAAGCCAACUGGGAGACUGAUUAUUUGCUAGGAAUCAAGAGACAACGGAGGCUUUACUGCAAUGUGGGCAUUGGGUUUCAUCUCCAGAUUUUUCCAGAUGGACAGAUAAGUGGUGUUCAUGCUGAAAACCAAUACAAUCUCUUGGAAAUGUCAACAGUAGAACGAGGUGUGGUUAGUCUGUUUGGUGUGAGAAGCACUCUCUUCAUUGCAAUGAACACCAAAGGAAGAUUAUAUGGCACAGCAACUUUUCAAGAUGAAUGCAAAUUCAAAGAAACCCUACUUCCUAAUAACUACAAUGCCUACGAAUCAUUCAUGUACAAAGGUUUCUACAUAGCUCUCAGCAAAUAUGGGAGAGUGAAAAGAGGAAAUAAAGUCUCUCUUGCUCAGACUGUCACACACUUUUUACCCAGACUAUGAAGACCAGAGUAAAGUGUACUAAACUAGUCUAAUUUAGUUUGCACAUG